AACAUUAGAAAGAGUCAUACCAAAAGGAAAAAAUACAGAAAAGGGAAAAAAAAUCCCUAAACGCCAUCCGAAUUUCCCAAUUGUGGCAUAGGAAUGUCCUCCUGUUUUGUCUUUCACCACACAAUUUCCCAAUUCUAAUUUUGUUUUCUCUCACACACACACUCCUUCCAAUCUCCAACUAAAUACUAUUCUUCAAUUUGAAGCGUGUCUGUAGUUGGUUGAAGCACUGUGGUAUUGUUCUGGUUUUGGUCUCCGAGGUUUGUAUCGGAAUCCGAUGUAUUAUGCAAAAGAAGCUGCGCAUGUCGACCCCAUUUUCGUAGCACAUGGCUGCCGCUGAUAACACCAACCCAAAGGAUUAUUACAAAGUGCUGGAGGUUGAAUAUGAUGCAACCGAUGAAAAUAUCAAAUUAAAUUACCGAAGACUCGCGUUGAAAUGGCAUCCUGACAAGCACGGAGGUGAUAGUGCUGUUACUGCAAAAUUUCAAGAGAUUAUUGAAGCUUACAAUGUAUUAAGUGAUCCUGCCAAGCGUUUGGACUAUGAUUUAACUGGGAUAUGUGAGAUUGAAAAAUAUAGCUUGCAGGAAUAUCUUGCCAGAUUUAAAAGCAUGAUUCUUACCUGCAAUGGACUUGGUAUCAAUCAGACAGACAGAUGCUGUUCACCGCCUCGAAAAGCCUUAAUUUCGGCCCUUGACUGCCUCUCUCGAGAUCCCCAACUGAACAUCUAUUUUUGUAAAUGGAUCUGCGGUAUAUCUGAUGUCACAACAAUUGAUUGAAAAUUUUGAGUCCCUAGAUAAAUAAGGCAUCUAAAUCUCAAUUUUGGCCAGUGGAGAGUGAUGAAUAAGGACAUCUAAGCGUGUCUUUUUCCUUUAACAUGCUCUUAAAUUCCACCCCACUCGAUUUCAAUGAGAUUUGAAACCUCCAUAAUUGACCAUGCAACCUGGUCUGAUUGAAUCAUACAUACUGUAACAUUAUGCUACUCCAAUGUGUACGUUUAGAAUGAUCUGUUGUGAUAAACCUUUAAGUCCUUGUACAAGUUUUCUUUCAUGCAUC